ACCUUGACCUCAAGCUCGCCUUGGUGGUGCGUCCAACACGCUCCUGCCCCGCCGACUGAUUCGAUAAGAGCUUAUCGGCCAUACUUACCCCACAUCGGUCUGACAACAACGCGCAAUGACAUAGCUUACACCGACAUUUCUCACACCAGACCCGCAGCAUUCAUGCACGUGCACCGCAAACAAACAACACAUCGAUUCUUUUCACACACGCGCAAAAAAAUAGACUCACGGCCUCUUUCGCUUUCCCUCUAGAAUAAUCCUCAAAAAUGACAUCCUGCAUCAUCCCCCCCGAGCCCCCCCUCUCCCCAACCUUCGAAGCCCACACAACCCCCUACGAAACAAUCUCAACCCAGACCAUCAUCGACACGCUGAAACUGACAAAACACCCCGAGGGCGGCUACUACACCGAGCUCGACCGCGACCCCCGCACCGUCCCGAAUCCCUUCCAGAACCAUCCCUACGCCACCACCGCCCAGGCGCCGCUGAGCGGCGACAACGCCGUCCGCAACGCGAGCACCAGUAUCUUGUACCUGCUCACUCCGCACUCGCCCCAGGGCCACUUCCACCGCAACGCGGGCCGCACGGUGCACACGCUCAUCCAGGGGCGCGGGCGCUACGUGCUGAUCCACGCCGACGAGGGCGAGGCGGGGGCGCGGAAGCGCGUGGAGACGUUUGUGGUGGGGCGGGAUGUCGAGGCCGGCGAGCGGGUGGUGUGGAUUGUCGAGGGCGGCAAGUACAAGGCGAGUUUCCUGCUGGCGGAGGACGGGGUCGAUGAGUGGGAGUCGCGGCUGCUGAUUAGCGAGGUGAGUGGUGGCGUGUGCAGGGAGGGACUGGGCUGACUUGUGCGAAGACGGUGGUGCCUGGGUUUGAGUAUGCGGAUCAUGAUUUCAUGAGGGAGGGGGUGCUGGAGGAGUUGGUUGGGGGGGAACAGGCAGAGGAGUUGAAGUGGCUUAUGAGGAGAGG